AUGGAUCCGGCUGUAUACCAGCAUGCAUAUGAUCUGUGGUCAAAAGUUGACCUAACGGUGUUACAGAAACAACUCGAUAAAGAUGUUAUCGAAAUAAAGGAGAAGGAAACUCUAUCUCUAGAGUCAAGGAAACUCUUGGCGUCUGAAACGAAGAAGUUCAAAAAACUAGAUAUUGAUGAGAAGUUAUCACAGAUCAAUAAAAUUAUCAAGCAAUAUCAGCAAGAGGUUGAUAGUUUGACAAAACGAUCCAAGAACAGUGAGGUUAUACUACUGGAUGUGUAUGCAAAGAUUGCCGAAGCCCCUGAUCCUAAGUCACUAUUGCGAGACUCUGCUGUGAAAUUGAGCAAGGUUGAUGAUACCAAGGUAUUGCAGGAACGAAUAGAUACUUUAGAAGACAAGCUAGCCAAAUAUGCAGAUUAUGAUACUUUAAAAUCCAGGUUACUAGACCUUGAGCAAAAAUCGGCAGAAACGCUGGUUAAAAGAGUGUCUGCAAAAGAGCAAGAAUUGAAUAAAACCUGGGAAGAAAAGCAGAGAAAUUGGAACGGAAGGGAAGAUGAACUUGUAAAGCAAAUUGAAAUUUUGCGUAGCAGUAAUGAAGCAUUGGAGAAAAAGUUGUCUAAUGGUGCACCUAUGGCUGGAAAUAUUGAAACUGCGACGGCAAAGUUCACCAAUUCCUCUGAAUAUAAUAUUCUAGCUCAAGAACUUGAAGCGUCGCAGACCCGGAUUUUUCAACUGGAGAAGCGCAACGAAGAACUGAGUGGUUCGCUAGCCAGAGCUACUAGCGAGGUGGAACAGGAAUUGCAAUUGCAGGCUAAGGAUUCCAAAAUAAUGAAAUUAGAGAGUGAAAAUGCUUUACUCAUUGCAUCAUCCGAUCGGAAUCGUAAAAUGCAUUCAAAGGAGAGCACUGAGAUAGAGAGCCAAUUAAAAUCUUUGAGGGCUGAAACGGAUUCAUACAAGUCAGAAAUAACCACAUUAAGAAUGAAACUAGCUAAUUUCUCAGAUUACAAUCAAUUAAAACAAGAUUUAUCGGCACUGAAGAGGAUCGAGUUUGGUGCUGAGGAUGACGAGGAGGAUGGCAGCCAAAACCAUAACGGAAAUGAGCAAUUGGCAGGAAAUGGCCAAAUUAAAAUGGAGGCAAGUUUAGUUUCAGCAAAUAAAAGACUGCAAAGAAAUCUAGCAGAAUUACGUGGCAAAUAUGCUGAGAACGAGGAGGAAGAUAGAAAACUGAAAACUGAAUUAAUGGCAUUGAAGGAGAAGGUGAAUCAAUUGGAAUCUUCGAAUAAAAAACUUGAGAUGGAUCUCGAUAAGAUCGAAGAGGUGGAUCUUAAAUUUAAUGAUACAGCAAGUAUGAUGUCAGGCGUCACACGUCAGAUGAAUAAUAGAGGUGGUAAGUUGUCACCCACUAGCUCAAUUAUAGGUAUACCUGAGGAGAUGGAGGGCCCUUCGAUCAUGGGUAACAACACAAUUUUACCAAUCAUUACGAAGCAAAGAGAUAGAUUACGCCAGAGAAAUAGUGAACUGGAAAGAGAAAUGAAGCGUUAUGGCAUUGAUAAAAAAAAGAUAAUGAAUGAACUGACGAAGCUGAAAAAUGACAAUAAUGGCCUCUACGAACGUAUACGUUACUUAUCGAGAAACAGCAAUAAUAAUAGUAAAAAUAAUAAAAAUAAUCUGAGUAAUAGUGACAGUAAUGGCAGUAGUCAUGCCAAUAUCAACAACAACGGUAAUAAUGAUUUGAUUUCCCGUUUGGAUGCGGAAUCUCAAUAUUCACAAGUCUAUGAGGAUUCAUUGAACCCAUUAGCCAAAUUCAAAGAAAAUGAGAUCGAAUACUACAGGAAGAACAGACUAUCGAUAUGGGAAAAAUUAUUUUCCAGUUUUGCUAAAAUAGUUUUAUCAAACAAGGUGACCAGGAUGCUGUUUUUAUUUUAUUGCGUUGGUCUACACUGUUUAAUAUUCAUGAUGUCCAUGUACGUGAUAAAUUUAAGUGGUUACAUGACACCAGAAGUUGGUAUUAAGCAAUCAAGUAACGCAAAUUUGAGAUGA